AUGACCACCGCUCCGCCACGACCCUCGCCAAGCCCGCGCUGGGACGGCCUCAACGAGGGCUUUGUCUCUCCGGCGCGCCUCCAGCAGUGGAAGCAGGAGCACGAGCGCGUGCAUUCUCUCAGUAGCCCGCUCAACACCCCUCCUCAAGACCUCACCGCGAAUCGACCCACCCCCGAACGGCGCAACACCAGCACAGACUCUACAAACAACAAUGGCAGCCCCACUAGGCCGACGCACCGCUCCAAGCCGUCCUUCGCGUCUUUCUUCUCCCGGAAAUCAGUAGCUAUGGAUGAUCAGCCGUUAUCUUCCUCUCCUCUUGCUCAGCCCCAGCGUUCGCCACCUUCCGGCGCGACGAUGCAGCAGCGGCCCCCUCCUUCUUCUUUUGCUCCUCAACAUGCUACGUUGGGCCAGUCGAGCUCGCCAGCUCCGUCGCGGCUCGUGAAGCCACAUCCUCAGCAGCAACCCCUUCCACAGCAGCCCCUGCCCCAGCAAUCUCAAGACCCUCUGGCCUCCCCUCCUCCGCAGGGCCCUCCGCCUACGCAAGGCCCUGUUAAUCCGGAUGCUCCGCCGCAGGGACCGGCCUUGCACCCCGAGAUUAGGUCGGUCGUACAACUCACCCUCGCGCACGCGCACAAGGUAUACUUCUCGGGCCCACUCGUGCGGCGGAUAGAACGCCAACCGGAUGGACAGAAGCCCGCGAAAGAUGAAGGAUGGAAGGAGGUCUGGGCGCAGCUCGGCGGUACGACGCUCAGCGUGUGGGACAUGGAGGAGAUUCAGGAGGCGAGCAAGCAGGGACGCCAGGUUCCUCCCGCAUACAUCAAUGUCACCGACGCCUUCGUGGCCGUCUUAGGCUCCAUUACGCUCCCGUCCAAACCCGGAGAACCACAGAAGCGGUACACGAACGUGCUUACCCUGAACACGGCGGGCUCGAACCUCUAUCUGUUCUCCUGUCCCUCCCCCGAGGCGCUCGUCCAAUGGACGGCAGCAAUGCGUCUGGCAGCUUGGGAGAAGUCGCGGCUGGAAGAGAUCUACACUGCUCAUCUGAUUCGAAUCUCGCUGAACGACGGUCGCAGUGCCCCGAGUCCGCUUGUGAACGGCCGUCUCGAGGGCUGGGUACGUAUCCGCAUCGCGGGCCAGACGGACUGGAAGAAACUGUGGAUGGUCAUCUCGGCCGGGAACAACCCCGGACAAGGCGACCGCGCUUCGGUCUCGUCCAUAGGCCACGACCGUGCCGAGUCGCCCACGACGGUGCGGAAACGUCGCAUGUCCAACAUCUUCUCGCGUGAGAAGGCCCCCGUCUCGAACCUCCCCGCGCGGCCUAUGAUCCAAUUGUUCGCCUCGUCCAAGUCGAAGGACAAGAAGAAGGCGCUCCUCACGAUGCGCUCGGUCUCACAGGCGUUUGCCGUAUACCCGGAGCGGCCGGAGCUGAUCAGCAGGAGCACGUUGAUGAAGCUCGAGGGCCAGCUCGGGGACGAAGACAUGGCGGGCGUGCUUAAGAUGCGCGAAGCGUGGCUUCUUGUCAUGCCGGAGUUGGAGGGUGCAAAUACGCGCGCGUCGGAGAUGCUUAGGUGGAUCAUCGGCAUUCACGACGCGUUCGAGCUCUACGGUCGUCCCAAGAUGUACAGUUGGGAUCCGCGCGAUUCUCAGUCCAUGAUGUUCGCGUACCCCAUUGGACCUCACAGAGACCUGCUUUUCCUUGAUCGCGAGUUCGCAGAGACUCUAGACCCUCGGGACGAUCGGACGUCGGCCAUACGAUCACAGCUACAGCGGAUCCUUCUCGACCGAAUGAGUGGCGUUGGUCCAGGAGGUCCCCCUCCUGUUCCAAAGGGCCCUCCGACGUUACCUCCGCUUCCUGAGGUUGACCUUCUGGACAACGGGAACCAGCAACCUCCCCAGCCUCCACCACAGCCGCAAUCUCCGCCUGGGAACGGCUCGCUCUCCUUACAGCUGCCACCUUUGAGCUUCGAUUCGGAUGUCAUCAACGCUAACACUCGCACGGAGGAAGAUCAACGGCCCCUAUCCAGAAUCUCCGAGCGUAGCACGCCGCUCGAAGGACGGUCGCUUUCUGCAGGAAAGUCUACUUUGGGCCCUUCUGGUGGGAGAACAUCGUCGUUCACUGCGGCUUCUCCGCCACGCACCAUUGCGGAGGAGCCUAUUCCUAUUCUGGAGCAACCCCUAGUGACGAGCCCUACCGCGUCCAGUCCUCCCCCGGACCAUAACGCUUUUGAACGAGCAAGUGUCGCUUCGUCUGCGCAGAAGUCGGGCUACUCUCGCCCAGACUCUAAGCUUGGCCAGGCACUUUCUCAAACUACACAUGCCCCUUCACGUUCAUCGAGCAGCCACGCCAAUCCUCCUACAUACACGUCAGAGAGCGCCAGGCAGGCUACCUCUCCAGAACCUCGACCGUCGACCCCGACAUCGCCGCCGAGGUUUGCCAAUGCGUCUCCGAAGGCAUGGUCGUCACCUCGCUCUGCUUCCCCUCUUCGCGCCGCCUCCCCUCCUCAACCCCAGACUCAGCCGCCUAUUUCUAGUCCUCAACCGCCCCCACCUUCUAUCCGGAUGGUCCCCGAUCGAUCUAUAUCCCAAGCUUCUAUACCCACUACUCUGCAGACCAUCUCUACUCCCUCGACUGUGCCUGCCUCUCCUAAUCCCCGGUCGCUGCACUCGCCCCUCUCGUCAAACCCUCCGAGCUCGGCACGCCAGAAGGAAGCGAGCUUGACCGAUGAUAUCCUUGGAGACGCGGGUGCAGCCCUCUUCUACAUGCAGCACAUGAACCAACAGGACAGCGGCGCGGUUCCCCUUCGCAAAAGCAGACCUCCACCGAUAUCGGAUGGUGACGAGGACGAGGACGAGGAAGAGGACGAAGAGACCGAUUCCGAGUCUGAGCCGUACACGCCUCCUCCGCGACAUGCCGCGACGACGCCCCUCCGCAUGCAGCAGCAGUCGAGAAGUCCACCGCCUCCCGGUAACGACCAACCGCCUGCAGUGCCUGCGAAAUCACCCCCGCCUACACCAGCGGCUGAUCUAGCCUCCACACGCGGCGUUGAAACGACCGCUGCGCCUGGGCGUGGCAGCAGCUUACGUAACAGGCCUUCUGGCGCACGUGCGGCGCCCGCGACACGACUGUCAGCCUCCGUUCAAAACUCUUCCCUCCAGGAGCUCUCCCAGUCACAAUUCACGGGCACGACGACCGCGUCAGACAGCGCCGACGACUCUCAGAAGAUGGCCGCUACUGUUGCUCCCGCACACGCAUCUGCUGGCUACGACGACUCCAACGCGGACGCCCUCGCCGCGUUGUCCUUCCUCGAGCAGGAAGAGAGGCCAGCUCCACCUCCCGUCCCUCAGUCGCCUCCGCAAGGCAAGGCAAAGGCGUCUGGAGCAACAUCGCCGCCGAUCCCUGAGGUCGUCGAGACUCCAGCGAGUCCGUCCCAGACGCGUCCCGGCGCCGCGGAACUGCCCCGAUCGUCGUUUGCACCUACGAGGCUCGCAGCCCAGCGUAAGGCCAAGUCCCAGGCGCAGCAGGCCGCGCAACAAGCCGCGGCUCACCGGCCAGGAAAGGCGAACGGGAGGAAUAGGGGUGGCAAGGCGAAGGGUGCAGAUGUAUGGGGAGACAGCAGUGAAGAGGAAGAGGAGGAGGAAGAAGAGGACGACGACGAUGAAGACGUGGAUUCGGAUACUGAGCCCCCGCCGCGCGCGGCCGCCAGCGUGAGUGACCAUGCAUCCGUGACUGGCACCUCCGCGCGUUCUCCCUAUGGCCAGCCUGGCAUCCCUUCCCCUGCACGCUCGGCGCACGACGUGAACAACGUCCCGUCUCCUCGUCGACCACGCGAUCUGCCGCAAGUUCCCGGUGGGCAAGGCCCAGAAGACUACCUCGGCGCUCAGCCCGUGCCUCGUCGUUACGUGUCUGACACCUUCAUUGAGCCUGGCCGGAGGAGUCUCUACCCUGCUGAGGGAGGCGGCGGCAGCAGAGGUCCUUCACCGCAGUUUGGCCAGUCCUCCAUGAUGCGUCAGUCCCAGUACCCUCCCCAACUCCAGCCACAGCAGCAGCAGGGCCCGUCACGUCCGAUCUGGAGCCAGGUCCUAGACCCGGACCGCAACGUCGACCCGACCCAUCAACGCGACACGUUCAUUCAGAUGGAACCGCCCUCGACUACGAUGACUAAAGCCUUCACGCCUCAUGGUCUCCUCUCGGCAGGACUACAGGACAAGCAGGACCGGUCGGCGAAGAAGCAAGAGGAGCUCGCGAGGGAGACGGGCGCGUCGCUCAUUAACGUGCCCUUGAAGCCUCCACCGCCCCAGACUGGCCUGCUCGGCGCUGUCACCGCCCACGAGCGAGAACGCAAGCGUGAGGGUGGUCUCGGCGCGGCGCUCACAGAGCGCGAACGCGAGAAGCGCCUCGCGGAGGAGCGUCAGCGCAAGCUCGACGAGUUCCAAAAACAACAGCUCGACCAGAUGCAGCAGGGCGGCUCGAUGUACGGCGGCAUGAUGGGCUUCAACCCGAUGAUGGGCAACCCGAUGAUGAUGGGGAUGAACCCGAUGAUGACUGGCGGCUGGGGCAAUCCGUACAUGAUGCCCAGCUUCGCGCCGAACCCGCAGCAGCUCUUCGCCGCUCAGCAGGCGGCCCAGCAGGCGUACCAGCAGGCCAUGUACGCGUUCUCCGCCGCCGGCUCACAGAUCGGCGGCAACGACAACGGUCCAGCGCAGCAGCCGAUGAACCCCAUGCUGACUGGCAACUCGAUGGCUAUGGGCGGUAUGGGUGGCUUCGAUCCGCGCAUGUCCAUGAUGAGUAUGCCGAUGAUGGGCAUGAAUCCCAUGGGCAUGACGCCGACGGGCAUGAGCGGAAUGGGAGGCAUGGGAGCUAUGGGUGGUUUGGGCUUUGAUCCGCGCAUGUCUAUGAUGGGCGGGGGCAUGGGCAUGCAGAUGACGGGCGGCUCACAGUUCGACGCCCGCUUGUCUCCUGGAGUAGAACCUCAUCCGAAGCAGCAGGGCGACGUUGCUGGUCGUCCCUUCUCGUCCCCUGGUAACUCGUCCGCCCCCGCGGCGGCGCCUCAGGCUUCUCACCCUGGCUCGAAUCUGCGUCCUGGCUCAAGCGACGGCUCUGCGCAGAACGCGUCGGGCCCUCCGUCGAACGCGCAGUGAUGCGCAUAUCUUCUAUUCGUCGUGGACUGCUUUAGCUACUUAACUCUUACGCAUACGCUCUCCAUUCUGACACGCCUGUGUGGCCUUGUGAUUCAUCCGAUCGCUUCUAUGCUGCUUUCCAGAUUGUGUAUCGCACACCUCGCUCGUUCCCAAUUAUUUGCAAGCUCUAUUCAACACAUCUUGGCUCCUGCUCCCGCUCGUUUGCACCAUUGCUUAGCCCGGAUCUCUCCUUUGCAUAACCUCUACGAUACCAUACAGCCAUUUCCUGGCAUGGGACUUGCGUUGGCACCCACUUAAUGUCCAUGGACGUUUGCAGACGACACGAAUGAAUAUACAGCGG